AUGGAGGUAAAGACUAAUCGAAGCACUCAGCGUUUGUGUCUGAAUUUGUUCUCGAAGCCUCAUUAUAAUCUCUCAAAGAGUCUUCAGAAGCAGAUACUUGAUAAAUAUACACCUAGAAGAAUCAAGAAGACAAAACUAUUGAAUAAAAUCCCAGCUCACUUCAUGAAGAAGUAUAGUCUUUCACAGAUGCCUUCCAAAACACUUUAUAAACCAGAGAUAAAUACUGACAUCAAAGAGAUGAUGAACCACAAGACAGUAAGAGACAUGCCAAAAAAGAAACUCGCUAAUCUGAAGGCUCCAAGUCUUGGUCCUCAAUGUCUUAAGACUGGGAGAGAAGUUUUACUAAAUAGUAAUCGAAAUAGCAAUCUGAAAACUCCUGAAUUCGCAGCUCUUAAUGAAGAAGCUCCAAAAAGGAUGCGAUACAAUAGUCAGGAAAGGAUUACAAGAUUUGGGACAAUUAUUGAAGAAAAUCUUGCAAAUAUCCUCUCUCCAAAUUACGAUCCCUGCACUCCUGAUAAAUUUAUGUCUCCGAAAUUUGGCACCCCUCGCAAUCAUAGUCGACUCGGCUCCGAGUCAGAGAAGGAUUAUAGCAAAAUCCAUAUAAAUCUCCAUGAUGAGCUAGACUGCAAGGAACAUGAAAUUUCCUUUGAUUGUAAAGACACUUCACCAGCUAAAUCAUCUCAACCUUACCCUGAAAAUUAUCCUCCAAAUAUAAAAAUGAGCCGGAAAGAAGAUCAGCCCCUCGAGCAAAGCUCUGAAGAGGAAGGUUAUGAAAGCCCUCUAAAAGAGCUAGGCUCAGGAGCUGAUCAAGCAAGUUGGAUCAAUAUCACCCAGAUUAAGAGAAUCGGAGAGCCUAGUAUUCUCCACUCUUUUUGAAAUCCGAAUCUACCCUUUCAAAAGUUUCGGAUCAGGAAAUCAAAUGUGACUAAUAUCGACUAUAACGAUCCUGCAGUAGAGAAAAUACUGAAUUCUGAAAAGAGCAAUACGCAGUUUCCUCAGCUGGAUAGAUACAAAGAAGUUGUAAAGAAAUGCUUGGCAGACCCUGACUACUUGCUGUCAACAGAAUAUCUUGAAACUGAGAUCAACACCAAACCGAUAACAAAGUUCUACAAGAGCAGAUCCUCAGCUAAAAUAAAGACUAAAUAAGUCUUACUUCGAGAAGCCAGAAUGGAGGGAACAGAUUCGAAACCUGAACUGUAUCCGCUCUCUUCGGUCUAUUAAUAAAACAACCCGAACAAUUCCGAGUAAACAUAAACCUCUUUCAAUUGAGAAUUAUGAGCACAGGAGUAAAAAGAUAACCGAGAAAGAAAUUGUGAAUCCUCCAGCUCUCAGGCCAAUGUACAGGAAGAGCACAAGAAGACUUCUUCCUUUGACUACGAAGACUAAGACUUUGAAGUUAGACCCCAAGGCUCUUUCAGGAGCACUCAUCCUGAACUCAAGACUCAAAUAAUU